GACCGUUUCUAUAGACAAGAGGCAGGAAAUGGGCCUAGAGUCGAUCAAUUGUGUAACAUAUAGUUGUCUAUGUAGCGAUACACACUUACAGUACAUGAGAUAUUCAGAAGAUUUAUCUGUAUGCAUCAUUAAAAGGAGGAUUGAGGAUUGUUUUAAUUUUAAGUCUAAGUGAUAUCAGGCCUUACAUUUUGAUUAUUUUGUUGUUGUUGUUGUUGUUUUCUUCCACAAGGGCAAUAAACGUUGAUAUCCAAGACCCACUUUGAGGCUUCCGCCUGUGAGGGUAUGAACAUCUCAGCAGAACUCAGAGAAGAGUAGAGGCUGCUGUUCCUUUUUCUGAUGGGUAAAUUAUCUACUGUAGGGCCUUUGCUACAGACUGCCAGCCAGGAUGAUUCUGGCGGCAUUAAAAGGCAUCGGGAAGCAGCUCCUGCGGGUGAAGGUUGUGGACUGUAACGCAGACGAGUCCCGCUUGUCUCGAUGCCUCAACACGUUUGACCUGGUGGCCCUGGGUGUUGGCAGUACGCUGGGUGCUGGCGUCUACGUGCUUGCUGGCGCCGUAGCCCGAAACAGCUCCGGACCUGCCAUCAUCCUCUCCUUCCUCAUUGCUGCCCUGGCUUCUGUCCUGGCCGGUCUGUGCUACGCCGAGUUUGGAGCCCGUGUCCCCAAAACUGGCUCGGCUUACCUCUAUAGCUAUGUGACGGUCGGAGAACUGUGGGCCUUUAUCACAGGCUGGAACCUCAUCCUCUCGUAUAUCAUUGGAACUUCAAGUGUGGCGAGAGCAUGGAGCGCAACCUUUGAUGAGCUGAUUGGAAGGCACAUCGAGGAAUUCUGCAGACGAUACAUGACUAUGAACGCCCCGGGUAUCCUGGCAGAAUAUCCAGACAUAUUUGCUGUCUUCAUCAUAAUCACUCUGACAGGGCUGCUUAUAUUUGGAGUAAAGGAGUCAGCCUUGGUAAACAAAGUAUUCACUUGCAUCAACGUACUGGUGCUGCUGUUUGUGGUCGUCUCUGGCUUGGUCAAAGGAAACCUGAAAAACUGGGACUUGAACCCUGAAGAAAUCCUCAAUGCCACCAGAAACUCUAGCCUUAAUGGCUCUGAUUCCUUGCCAUCAGAAGAAGCUCUCGGUGAGGGUGGUUUCAUGCCUUUUGGCUUUUCCGGAGUCCUCUCUGGUGCUGCCACCUGUUUUUAUGCCUUUGUAGGCUUUGACUGCAUUGCCACUACAGGAGAAGAGGUGAAGAACCCCCAGAGGGCCAUUCCUAUUGGGAUUGUGGCCUCGCUCCUGAUCUGCUUUGUGGCGUACUUCGGCGUGUCCGCAGCCCUAACUGUGAUGAUGCCUUACUACAUGCUGGACAAGAACAGCCCGCUGCCAGUGGCCUUUAAGUAUGUGGGCUGGGACGGAGCCACUUAUGCAGUGGCCCUUGGCUCUUUAUGUGCCCUGUCGACCAGUUUACUAGGCUCCAUGUUCCCAAUGCCCAGAGUGAUCUGGGCCAUGGCAGAAGAUGGCCUGCUCUUCAAAUGUUUGGCUAAAAUCAGCCAACGAACCAAAACCCCUCUAACAGCUACAGUAACAUCGGGUGUUGUGGCAGCUGUGAUGGCUUUCCUGUUUGACUUGAAGGACCUGGUUGACCUCAUGUCCAUUGGCACUUUGCUGGCCUACACUCUGGUCGCCGCCUGCGUGCUGGUCCUCAGGUACCAGCCUGAACAGCCAAGCGUGGCCUAUGAGAUGGCCAACACUCAGGAUGAACCUGAAAUUGCUGAGUCUUAUAACGAGGGGACCAUCGACAUGUUACCACAGCCAGAGGAUCGCUUCACCAUCAAGAACCUCCUCUUCCCUUCGAACACGGAGCCUUCCCCACUGUCUGGCUUUGCUGUCAACAUUUGCACCAGUAUACUCGGUGUUUUGGUUUGCGUCUUCAGCGUCGUAGCCGUUCAAGGAGGGCUGGCACCCUGGUCAGUGUCUGUCCUCAGCAUUAUCAUGGUGGUCUGUUUGAUUCUCACCUUCGUGAUGUGCCGACAGCCACAGAGCAAGGCAAAGCUUGCCUUCAAGGUUCCCCUGCUGCCCUUUGUCCCAGUCAUUAGUAUGUUUGUUAAUGUGUACCUGAUGAUGCAGCUCGACAAAGGAACCUGGCUGCGCUUUGCCAUCUGGAUGGCCUUAGGUUUCAUCAUCUACUUCGGCUAUGGCAUUCGAAACAGUGCGGAGGCGGCGUUGAACAGGUCCGGCACCUACACGCCAACCUGCACAAUAAAAGGAGAGCCCAUGGCCACAGAGAAGGAAGCGUUCCUGCAUAACGUGCAAAAUGCCACCGGGGACGACGACGACGAAGAUUCCUGAGGAAACUGGCGGUUCACUUAUCUACUCUGGCUCUGCGCAGCAUAUCCGAACGUCGACGUGUUAAAUUCUCAGAAUUAGCUGCAAAUCCCAGAGACAUAUGGCGACCUUUCACCCACAGCGUUGAGCCUCUUCCGGAUUCCAGGCGAAAAUAUUGUCUAACUUGGCUGUUUGAUAGCAGUAAAAAGGCGAGUUCCAUGUAAAAGACGAGGGGAAAAAAAAA